AUGCUGCGCAAAAAGGAUACCUACACCGUCGUCACGCCCAUUCCCGGCUACAUCCCGCGCCAGCUCGCCCUCGACAUCCUCCAGUCGCACAGCGAAGUCAUCGCCCUCAACCCGCUCGUCCUCAGCCACAGGCCCAUCUCGGCGCCGCGCAACGCCGCCGCCGACGAGUACUACAGCACCUGGUACGAAAUCACCCAGCGCGUCCAGUUCGUCCCCGGCAUGGGCCGCAUCGGGUCCGGCCAAAUCACCUUCAACGGCUGCUUCCACGACAUGCCCUGGGGCCUGCAGACGCACAUCUACGCGCCCCUCGGCGUCGACCUGCGCAACAAGUACCGUGUCGGCGGCAACCAGCCGGGCGUCGAGCCGCCCGAGCAGCGCGAGCUCGGCAUGGAGUCCCUGGGUAUCCCGUCGAGCGGGCUGUACCUGCGCCAGGAGGCCGAGAUCAAGUGCAACAUUGCCAUGAUGGGCUUUGUCAAGUCGGAGCUGCAAAAGGCCUGCAAGGACAUGGUCGACCGCAUCAUUAAAAAGGCCGAGCUGCUCGACUCGGGCGCCCUGCAGGCCCUGUUUGAGAAUGGCAAGCUCAAGACGGUCAACCCGAAUGACCGCUCCCAGCUGCCCGACGCGGCGCACAGGGCGUCCACGCCGCUCUCGCCCGCGACGAGCUUCGUCUCGCCCCGGCCCGGCCACAUCUCGACCUUUUACAACCCGAAUUCCUCGUCGCCGCCGCUGCAGUCGCCACCGAUGCCGCAGUCGCCGCAACAGUUCGGCCAGGGCUACCACACACCGCCCGCCCCGCCGCCCAAGGAGUAUUCCACGGUGCUUGAGCUGCCCGGCGACUAUAGGCACAUGAGUGGUGGCAGCAUCCCUUCGCCGCAGCCCAGCCCUGCGUUUCAACAGUCACAGAGGUCAUCAAUGACGCCCUCAGAUCCGCGCUGGUCGCAGAACCUGCAACAUGCCCAUCCUGACCACCGCUCGAGUGUGGGCUCAUCAACCGGGAGCAUUGCCGCACAACCAGCGCGGCAUAGUUACGCUGCAGAACUGGCGGCACAUAAAGAGACGCCAGAGGAGCACCGUUAG